AUGGUGAACGGUCCCGGCGGCGGCAUGGGCGCGCGCGGGGGCGUCUUCGGCGGCGGCGGCCCCGGGGCGGUGCCGCGGCCGUCCGGCGCGAUGGGCGGCGGCGGCGGCGGCGGCCCGGACCUGCUCGCGAUGAUCAACAAGCAGCCCGGCGGCGGAUCCAUGGGCGGGUCCAUGGGGAACGCGUUCGGCGGCGGCGGCGGGCUCGGCCUGGGCGGGAUGGGGAUGGGGAUGAUGGGCGGAUCAGGGAUGCGCGAGGAUCAGACGCCGUUCGACAUGUCCGAGUUUCCGAGCCUCGGGGGGCCGCCGCCCGGCGGCGGCGGCGGCGGGCGCGGCAUGAACGCGUUCGCGAACGGCCCGGGCGGGUUCGGCGGCGGCGGGAUGGGGAACGGAGGGUACCAGCCCGGCGGCGGGAUCUUCGGAGGGAUGGACGGCAUGGGCAGCGCGGACGGGUACGGCGUCAUGGCGCUGCAGCAGAAGCCGCAUCCUGAGUUUACGAUGCAAAACGAGGAUUUCCCCGCGUUGCCCGGCGCGCCCGGCGGCGGCGGCGGCGGCGGGAAGCCUCAGGGCGCCGACGAUAAGGUCAUGGGCGCGUUUCCGCCCAUGGGUCGGGGCGGCCACGGCGGCGUGUUCCAGCCCGGCGGCGGGCUCGUGAAGGGCCUCGACCUCGGCGGCGGCGGCGGCGGCGGCGGCUACGGCGUCGACGACGGCGGGCCGUUCGGCGGCGGCGGCGGCGGCGGCGGCGGCGGGAUGAACCUCGGCGGGAACGCCUACCCGUCCUUACCCGGCGGCGGCGGCUCCGGCGGGUCGUCGUACGACUCGCUGUCGUUCGGGACGUCGCGCGCGGACGGCGGCGGCGGCGGCGGCGACGGCGGCAAAGGCGGCGCCCCCCCCAAGCCCGCCGGGUCGCCCGAUCGCUUCGGCCUCCUCGGGUUGCUCUCCGUGAUCCGAAUGUCCGACCCGGACCUCACGACGCUCGCGCUCGGGACGGACCUCACGACGCUCGGGCUCAACCUCAACUCCCCGGAGCCGCUGCACAAGACGUUCGGGUCGCCGUGGGCGGACACGCCGCCGCGUCCGGAGCUCGAGCUGUUGCUCCCCGCGUGUUACGGCGUCCACGUCCAACGCGUGCACCAGGGCGUGUUUCAAAAGUUUCAGCAGGAGACGCUCUUCUACGUCUUCUACAGCAUGCCCGGGGACGAGGCGCAGCUGUACGCCGCGGACGAGCUCAUCGCGCGCGGGUGGGGAUAUCACAAGGAGCUCAAGGCGUGGCUCAUGCGCGUCGCGAACACCGAGCCGGUGAUGAAGACGGACAGAGGCGAGCGGGGAUCGUUUUGGAUUUUCGACGCGUCGAGUUGGGAGCGCGUGCGGAAGGAUAACUUUAACCUGCAGUACGACCAGCUCGAGGUGCGGCCGCAGGUGCCGAGGGGCGGCGCGGUCGGUGGUGGGAAGGACGGACCCGGGAAGGAGAGCGGCGGCGGCGGCGGCGGCGGCGGCGCGUUGCUGAACCAGGGCAAGUGA